AUGUGCUGUGCAAAUAGCAAAACUAAAAUUUACUUUCUGGAAAGAGGUAUAUCGACGUCAUAUCACAUUGAAAGAUGCAUUAUGUUAUAAUAAAAUGAGCUAUAAGAAGAGAAAGAAGAGGUGUGUGGGUCAUAUCUAAAAAAGCAAUUCUUGAUUGGUCAUACAAAUCUCUCUCUUUCUCUUUUUUUUUAUAUAUAUUUAAUGUCAUCUUAUCAAACUGUGCCUGUUGAAGACGAGCAAGAAGAGAUAUAUCAUAUUGAAACAGAAAAGAAAGCUCAAAGAACAGUUUUGGCAACAGUCAUGUUGGCCAUUUGUAUUGUCACUUUUGUCUUGCAGACUGAAUUAGCCCAAUAUGUUCAAAAGACGACGAGUUACUCAAAGCCUUAUUUUAUAUUGUACAUAAGUCACAGCUGCUACAUAUUGAUGAUACCCUUACAACUCAUAUCAGAAUAUAUUCAACUGAAACAGAAACAAGGCUUGAAACAAGAUAUCAACAAAGUGAUUCACAAGAGCAAACAAUCCUUUUGGGAUUCACUGGAAGAAUUGCAGUACAGGAUACAAGGAAAUAAUGAUAAAGCGGUCCUGUUUAUGGUCAAGACGUGCCUUUGGUUAUCUGUACUUUUGACAUUACCAGCCUAUAUUUGGUAUUUGAGUGUCAACUUGACGUCCAUGUCCAACUUGACAGCGAUCUAUAACACAGGUUGCUUCUUCGCAUAUCUCUUUUCUAUCCUUAUGCUACAUGACAGCAUUGUCACUUCCAAGGUGUUUGCGGUCAUGCUUUGUAUGUUGGGCGUGUUAAUCAUGGCUUACUGGUCAAGCGAUGAAUCCUUUCAAGAUGAUGACAAUGAUGAUAAUAGUCGUAGUUGGUUAGGCAUCUUUGUGUCAUGUAUAGGUGCGUCACUUUAUGGCUUUUAUGAAGUCUUUUACAAGAAAUACGCUUCUCCUUCCGAACCAACCAUCUUGUUUGCCAAUACAAUAACCGGUCUCAUCGGCCUUGUCACCUUCUUUAUCCUGUGGGCCCCUAUCCCUGUACUACAUGUCAUGGGUAUUGAACAAUUUACAUGGCCAGAUGCAACAACUUUUUGGUACAUCCUGGCUAUUGCCUUGAUGAGUGUGAUAUACAAUGCUACUUUUAUGGCGGUCAUUGCAUUGAUCAAUCCUGUCUUUGCUGCUGUUGGCGUUAUGCUUACAGUACCUGCUGUGGCUAUCACCGAUGUCCUUGUCACUGGGGUCAUGGUACCUUCUUCUACAGUCAUCGGCAGUAUAUUUAUUCUUGCAGGCUUUUACAUUUUAAACAAACAAGUAUAAAGAGAAAAAUAUAGACAUUUGUGGGUAUCAAGAAAAUAAAUGCUUUGCUUUUUAUUUUAAUAAAAGAAACCGAGAAUCUUGCCACCAACAUGCUUCUGACGAGCUUCUUCGUGGUCCAUGAUUCCAGCAGAGGUAGUCAAGAUAAGGUAACCGAAUUGA